UCCAGCCGACUGAUCCAGCUGAGGCGCCACCUGCGUCUAUGCACGAUAUGUACCCGAUUCAGUCCACAGCCGGUAGUCGACAGCAUGCGGGUCAGCUGACUGCAGACUUACAGGAUGAAGUCGCUCGGUACACACGUCAAGUGUCCAGUGCACCUCUUCUGCAGCGUGACCAACAUGUGUCAUGGUUGAGACGACUCGAGGACAAGCUACGCGGGAUCUACUCGGCUAUCACGUGCAGCCGUAGGUCCGACGUCGUUCAGCACCACCUCCUUCCACCGCGACCCUCCACACAGCAGCAGCGACGGCCACAUCUCACACCGACCGUGACACCCAGACCACCGCCUCCUGGCCGGGCAGGAGGUUCGUCGUGGCAGCAGCACACUCCUUCCGUCGACGACUAUCAGUACCAGCAACACGGAUCACGGCCUCGUCUCACGCCGACGGCGACACCCAGACCACCACCUCCUGACCAGGCAGGAGGUUCGUCGUGGCAGCAGCAUCACACUCCUUCCUUCGACGACUUGCAGUACUAUCAGCAGCAAGCUGCUUUCGACCAGUGGCAGCAGCAGCAAGCCCCUUUCAUGGGAGGAGCUGGAUACACACAGGGUAUGUAG